AUGCGCUGCCAGAUGGUGGGCAAGCUGGGUGGGAGGGCGAAGCGGCUCGAAGUGCGGCAGCCGCAGCAGAGGAAAACGCGCGUGAACGCGGUGUCGGUGCCGGGGCAGGGGCCCAAGGAUGGCGCGAAGGUCCUGCAGUUCGACACGCCUGCAGGCACCCUCAUGGUCGGCCACGACGGCCACCUCUCCCGCGAGUGCCCCGGCAACGGCGGCCUGCGCCUCUGGUCCUACAAGAAUGACGAGGCUGCGCGCAAGGAGUGCGAGGCGCUCUCGCGCGGCAUGACGGGCAAGCACGACGUGUACAACACGGGCUUCUCCGGCGCGAAGCUCGUGCUCAACUCCAGCGACCCCGCGGCCGUCGACAAGGAGGAGGUUAUGCAGUAUGUCGCUGACGCGCUGAACGACCUCGACGGCAAGGUCUACACCGGCUGCGACCUCAACACGUCCGAGCAGGACAUGGAGUACCUCACCUCGCUCUCUCCCUACGUCCUCGCCUCGAUCGACUGCGCCGCGGACUCCAACGUCGCCACCGGCGAGGGCGUGUUCGGCGCGGUGAUGGGCGCGAUCGAGUUUUUCCCCGGCGGGGUGCGCGGCAACACCUUCAUGGUCAAGGGCUGCGGCAAGGUCGGCAGCGUCGUCGCGCGCUCCCUCGUCAACGCGGGCGCCAAGGCCGUCUACACCUUCGACGUCGUCUCCGCGGCCGCCGACAUCCCGGGCUGCGUCAACGUCUCGGACAAGGACUGGACCGCCGUCGAGUGCGACGUGUUCGUGCCGUGCUCCGUCUCGGGCUUCAUCACCGUCGACGCCGCGGACAAGCUCGCCGCCAACGGCGUGAAGCUCGUCUGCGGCGCCUCGAACGUGCCCUUUGCCGACGAGGCGGCCCUGGAGCGGCUCCUGGAGCGCGGCAUCGAGUUCCUGCCCGAAGCGGUGUCCUCCGCGGGCGCCGUGCUGUGCGACUCGAUCGAGAUGUACGACUCGGUCAGCUACCAGAAGGCGCGGCCGAUCGAGGUGUACGCCUACAUUCGCCACCUGACCAAGUCCAAGGCGCGCGAGCUGAUGCUGAAGAGCCAGGAGCUGCAGAAGCCGGCGUGCAUGUGCCUGGCGGCGGUGAAGAACGACGACCCGGUCCCCGUGGGGACUCUCUUCUCCGACUGGAUGAAGGAAAACACGGUCGAGUACGACGUCGCUGUUGUCGGCGCGGGCAUGGCCGGGACGGCGUGCGCGUACUACCUGACGCGCGACGACCCGUCGGUGACCGUCGGCGUGAUCGACUCGCGCACGGUCGCGCACGCGGGCGGCUCGUCGUACGGCGCGUCGCGCAUGUACCGUCAGAUGUACUCGGUCGACUACUUUUCGAAGCUCCAGACGGACGCGCUGAAGCUGUGGGGCGAGAUCCAGAGCGAGCACGGCGUGAAGCUGCUCUCGGAGAACGGGCUGAUCUUCUACGGCGAGACGGACACGGGCGAGACGGUGGAGGGGUCGGUGCCGGGCGCGGCCGAGGUGAUGCAGCGCCUCGGCAUCCCGCACACGUACUACGACGACGCGGCGGCGCUGAACGCGAAGUGGCCGAUGAAGGCCGCGGAGGGCAUGGAGGGCGUGUACGAGGCCACGGCCGGGUCGGCCAACGCCUCGCUCACGUGCGAGACGCUCAUGUCCGCGGCCGCCGCGACCGGCCGCGCGGAGCUCAACCAGAACGAGGUCAUCGAGGACAUCCACGAGGAGGCGCCCGGGUCGAUCCUGCUCACCACGUCUCGCAACCGUUUCAUCCGUUGCAAGAAGCUCGUCCUGUCGCCCGGCGCGUGGGUCAACGACCUGCUGGCGCAUGUCGGCGUGCAGCUCGACGUGGAGGUGCAGUCCGUGCACUGGGGCCACUACCGCGUGCGCCCGGAGCUCCGCGACCAGAUGCCGCAGUGGUUUUGCUUCCUGAAGGAAAAGCCCGGUACGUGGGACGGCGGGCUGUACUACGGCUUCCCGGCGGAGACUGAGGAGCCCGUGAUCAAGGUCGGGAUCGACUUCACGCCGGAGGACCCGCGGUUCCGCACGCGGACGAUGGCGGAGUUCAACUACGAGCCCGACGCGCGCGUGACCAAGCUGAUCGACGACUUCCUGGAGAAGUACUGGCCCGGGGUGUUCGAGGAGCGCCUGGAGAUGAAGUGCUCGCCGUACGCCAUGACCAAGGACGGCUCAUUCGUCCUGGACAAGGUGCCUGGCCACGACGACAUCGUGGUGUUCACGGGCGGCUCGGGACGCGCCUUCAAGUUCGCGCCGCUGCUCGGGCGGUGCAUGGCGGACCUGGUGCAGGGCAAGGAGCCGACGUACGACAUCGGGCCGUUCAGCAUCCACCGGCCCGAGAUUGGGCUGCAGAUGGCGACGAAGCAGCAGCAGGGCGGGGCGCCCGCGCCGGCUGCGGCGUGA